AUGAGGUACAUGAAGGCCAGGACGCAUUUCUUCGACGCCUACGACCCGGGGGCCAUCCUGGAGCCCGCGGACCACGACGCGGGGACCUUCACACACACCAAAGUGAUGUUCACUGUGGGACCGGCAUGCCAAGAUGUGGAGAGCCUCAUGAAAAUACUCCAAGCCGGGGCAACUUCUGCGAGGAUCGACCUCACGUGGGGCCCUGUGGACUUUCAUGAAAAGUCCCUUGAGAACCUUCAGGUGGCGAUGAAGAACUCCCGCCGACUCUGUGCCAUCGUGCUCGACACAUUGGGCAGAGAAGUCUUUGUCAAAAGGCCAUUCAAGAUUGGUGAAGACGGUUGGCCAUACCAUGGCCACCCCAUAUCGAUCAAGGCAAAACAGACAAUCACUCUGACAACAAAAGACGUCCCAUUCACAGAUACAGUCUUUCCGCUGAACUACAGCAAGUUUCCAGAGGUGGUGGAGCCUGGGGACUCUCUGUAUGUGUCUCGCUACUUGACCACAGGUGCCGAGUCCGGGGCACUGUACCUGAAGGUGCUGCAAGUGACAGACACGGAUGUGGUGUGUGAGGCCCAGACGCCUUCCGAACUGGAUGGCCUGCUGACGGUCUUCCAUAUGGAACGCAACCAGAUGGGGCCUGUCCUGAGCAAGCAGAACACGAUGGCAGCCCUCCAGGAAUCUGACAAAGAGGCAAUCAGGCGCCUGAGCAAAAAGUUUGACAUCGACUUCAUCGCACUGUCAUAUGCGCGAGAUCGCGAUGAUGUCAUUGAGGCGCGCAAGUUUCUGGAAGAGGCUGGCAUGCACUCAACGCGGUUGAUCGCAAAGGUCGAGACCAAGUACACUCUGACCAAGUUCAAGGGCAUCCUGAGCGAGGCGGAUGCAAUAAUGAUCAGCAGGGGCAACCUGGGGACAGACUGCCCAGUGGACAAGAUGGCACUCAUACAGAAGAACCUCAUCUCGUCUUGCAACCUGGUCGGCAAGCCUGUGCUUGUAACCAGGCUGGUUGACACCAUGGUGUCCACGCCAAGACCCACAAGGGCAGAGGCGACGGAUGUGGCCAAUGCUGUGCUGGAUGGCGCAGAUGGCUUCCUGUUGGGCGCUGAGACUCUGAGGGGGCUGUAUGCGGUUGAGACCAUACACACAGUGCUCACCAUCUCACGGCAGGCGGAAACCAUGUUCGACCAUCGUCACCACUUCGACUAUCUCAUGCAGGAAGCAGCCUCUGCCCAGGCAGCAUCUGACAAGGCCAGCAUUCACCAGAGCAAGUCAGCAUCAUCAAUCUCUUCUGCAACAUCCUUCGCCGACCUCAACAGUGCACUGUACUCAAUGACUUCGUUCAAUGUGGACCCCAUGGGACCCACUGCCACAGGCACAAGCACCCCCAACCUCCUUAACCUAGCCAGCACAGGAGCCCUUGGCAGCCCAUACCUGUCAAAGCUGGAGUCCAUCGCCUCAUCUGCCGUGCGAGCCGCUGACAAGAUCAACGCAAGCCUACUGGUGGUGUACACACAUUCCGGUCAGACUGCACAGCUGGUGGCCAAGUACAGGCCCUCCAUGCCCAUCAUGACGCUCGUUGUGCCAUCUCUGAAGACAGACAAAUUGGGAUGGAAACUUGAGGGUCGGGGAAUUGCCAGGCAGUGCAUGAUAUCCCGAGGCCUGAUGCCGAUGCUGGCGGCGCCUGGCCCAAGCACUGAGAACGCGCUGGCGGAUGCCGUCGCCGUGGGGGCAUCCAAAGGCCUUGUGAAGCCAGGGGAUAUGGUGGUCGUCGUGCAGCGUGUCCACGAGGAUUUCGUCCUCAAGAUCGUGGCCGUGGAUGACCUGGAUCAACCGACAAAUCUGGGAGGCUCUGGGGGUGGAGCCAAGGGUUGGCUGUCCUAA